CCGGCGCCGUCUGGGGCCCGGCGGGCGGCGCGGCCAGGCCCGCUCAGCCGAGCGCAGAGGCGGCCGCAGGAACAAUACGGCGGCGGGCGCGGAGCCGCGCGGCCGCCCCGCACCAUGUACGCGUUCGUGCGGUUCCUGGAGGACAACGUGUGCUACGCGCUGCCCGUGUCCCGCGUGCGGGACUUCAGCCCCACCUCCCAGCAGGACUUCGACAACCAGAAGGUCUACACCGUGUACCGCAACCCCGAGGAGGCGGCGGACGAGGACGACGAGAGCCCCGGCGAGUGGGGCGACCGCCUGCUGCUGCACAAGGCCCAGAUCCUGGCGCUGGCAGAGGACAAAACUGACCUUGAGAACAGUGUGAUGCAGAAGAAAAUUAAAAUCCCCAAACUCUCUCUCAAUCACAUAGAAGAAGCUGGGGAAGUUACAGAUUAUGGGGAAGAAGAUGUGGAGCUUAGACACAGUAAGAGACAAGAUGGAAGGAAACAAAGUGAAGGUACACACAAAAGCAUUGAAGCAGUUGUUGCUCGCCUUGAAAAACAGAACGGGAUGAGUCUCAGUAAUACUUCCAGCCCUGAGGAGGCUUUUAUGGAGGCUACAGAAGGCAUGAACAAUAUGGACGAUGCUGUAGUUCCUCGGAUUCUCUAUGAGGAAUUGCUGAGGAGUUACCAGCAGCAACAGGAAGAGAUGAGACACAUCCAACAGGAGCUUGAGAGAACGCGGAGACAGCUUGUACAACAGGCAAAGAAGCUAAAGGAGUAUGGGGCACUCGUGUCAGAAAUGAAAGAGCUCAGAGACUUGAACAGGAGGCUCCAGGAUGUACUGCUCCUAAGACUAGGUAGUGGACCUGCCAUUGAGGUUGAAAAAGUAAAACCUGAAUCAAUUGAGCCUGAACCUGAGGUACAGAAGACCUUCAGUGAGGAAGCAAAUACAUCAACGUACUACCCUGCCCCUGUUCCAGUAAUGGACAAGUAUAUUCUCGAGAAUGGAAAGGUCCAUCUUGGCAGUGGAAUUUGGGUAGAUGAGGAGAAAUGGCACCAGCUGCAAGUAACACAAGGAGAUUCAAAGUAUACAAAAAAUCUAGCGGUUAUGAUUUGGGGAACAGAUGUUCUCAAGAACAGAAGUGUCACAGGAGUUGCAACCAAAAAAAAGAAAGAUGCCGUUCCCAAGCCACCUCUCUCACCUCACAAAUUAAGCAUUGUCAGAGAAUGUUUGUAUGAUAGAAUAGCACAAGAAACUGUGGAUGAAACUGAAAUUGCACAGAGACUCUCCAAAGUCAACAAGUACAUCUGUGAAAAAAUCAUGGAUAUCAAUAAAUCAUGUAAAAAUGAAGAAAGGAGGGAAAUUGCAAAGUACAAUUUGCAAUAAAUUUUGGAUUUUUAAUAAAGUCUUAGUGUUUUACUUAA